GCCCGGGAGUUGCACUGCGUCCUCACCGCCGUCUGCCUGCCUGUGCUCCCGCGCCCGCCUGCCAGCCCGCCAUGGCCAGCAUCAAGGAUCUCGAGGGGAGGUGGCGCCUGACGGAAAGCCAAGGUUUUGAGGAGUACAUGAAGGAGCUAGGUGUGGGCCUGGCUCUGCGGAAAAUGGGUGCAAUGGCCAAACCAGACUGUAUUAUUACUUGUGAUGGCAAUAAUAUCACCGUCAAAACUGAGAGCACAUUGAAAACAACACAGUUUUGCUGUACCCUGGGAGAAAAUUUUGAGGAAACUACAGCUGAUGGCAGAAAAACUCAGACGGUCUGCACCUUCACAGAUGGUGCCUUGGUCCAGCAUCAACAGUGGGAUGGGAAGGAAAGCACAAUAACACGAAAACUGAAAGACGGGAAAUUAGUGGUGGAUUGUGUCAUGAACGAUGUCACCUGUACUCGGGUCUAUGAAAAAGUAGAAUAAAAAUUUCAUCAUCCCCCCGGACAAGAGUUAGGUUCAAGAAUGAAUAAGCUCAGUUCAAUGAGCAAGCUGCAAUUGCUCCAUAGUGUCUCUUUUCUUUGGUUUUGUUUUUAAUUACUGUGUUCAAUUAUCUUUAUCACAGACAUUUUACAUUCAGCCUUUUUCAAAGUGUUGAUUUAACUACCAUCAUCCCCUUGGUUAGUAAAUAAACAUGUUUGUGUUAA